AGCUCUUCGAUAAAAACGUACACUGACAUCGCUUGUCAAGUGUCAUCUCUGAUAGCGUGCGAAACGAAAACUACAAUGAAGAAAAUAAAAAAUAAAUCAAAGCCAAAGAGCAAGCCCAUUUCUAUGGAAGUGGAGGAGACUGAGCUAGAGGAGGCGCGCUCGGAUGAGCCGCAGCCAGAGGAAGGUGAGUCUGCAAAUGGGGAGGCAAAUCCCUCGGAUGACGACGAUGAAAUGGAGCUGGCCAACUUCAAAGCCACCUCCAGUUCCUCGGCCCCCGUGAAGAAACGCAAGAUGGGCAUCAUCUACAUAUCCAAUAUACCCAAGCACAUGAAUGUGACCCGCCUGCGGGAAAUCUUGGGCGAGUACGGCACCAUCGGCAGAGUUUACCUGCAGCCGGAGAAGCUGUCAAGUGCCAAAGCGAAAAAGAACAAGCGUAAGCGUUAUAAUAUCCACUUCACCGAGGGCUGGGUGGAAUUCAAGUCGAAACGUGUGGCCAAACAGAUCGUUCCACUGCUGAACAACAAGCAGAUAUCCGGGCGCAAGACGUCCCAAUUCUAUGACUCGCUGUGGAGCAUGAAGUACCUGCCGCGCUUCAAGUGGGUCCAUCUAACCGAGCGCAUGAACUACGAGCAGGCGGUGCACAAGCAACGCCUACACACUGAGGUCUCGCAGGCCCGCAAGGAGACCACCUUCUUCCAGAACAAUCUCGACAAGAGCGAGUUCAUCAAGAAGCAGGCGAAAAAGGCCAAGAAAGCGGAAAAGGCUCUGGCUGCCAAGAGCGACAGCGAUGCCUGAGUUCGCGCUAGACUGUUGCAUCCAAUGUUUACCUGACUGCAAAUAUACUUAAAUUAAAUAAAUAUAAUUAAAUUAAA